AUGGCGCUGAGUAAAUAUGGGGUGAAAUACAAAGUAGCAACCCCAUAUCAUCCUCAAACAAGUGGCCAAGUCGAAGUGUCAAAUCGGAAAAUCAAAAGCAUCCUAGUGAAGAUAGUAAAUGCCAACAGAACUGACUGGUCCAGGAAACUUGAUGAUGCACUAUGGGCAUAUCUGACCGCUUACAAAACACCUAUCGCUCUAAAUUUGGACUGGUCCAAAACUUCAAGGGAAAGGGUGGAGCAGUUGAAUGAACUGGAUGAAUUUAGACUCAGAUUGUAUGAAAGUUCAGCCAUCUACAAAGAGAAGAUGAAGAAAUGGCAUGAUGCUCGGAUACUCAAGCGAGACUUCAAGGAAGUCACUCCUAAUGGACCUAAUAGGGCCGAUGCAUCAGAAAUUGCCCCAGUUCUUGAUGCCCAAACCUUGAGCAUGACCCCAAGCACUGAUGCCCAUACAGAUGGAGAGACUGCUUAG